GAGGAGAGGAGAAAGAAGCCUCGCCUUUCUCUCCUUUUCCAUAACCUUUCCAACCCGCACCCCGCCGCCGCCCCAUCAAUCGCAGAGAAAUCGCAAGCCCAAAACCCACCACUUCCCAAUGGAGAACGGCGACGAAACCCUCGCCUCCCCCGCCGCCGCCGCCGAGAAGACCGCUCCCAACGGCGGCGUCGCGGAGGAGGAGCAGGCCCCCGUCACCCACCUCGCCAAGUCCUACGCCGCCGUCGCCGCCGAGAACCCCGCGCCCAACGGCGGCGUCGCGAAGGAGGAGGAGGAGGGGGCUGCCGGCACCCACGUCACCGCCAGGUCCUACGCUGCCGUCGCCGCCCACGCCGAGAUCGAGGACCUCCGCGCCGCCAAGCUCGACCUUGAGGGGAAGCUCGCCGAGGCCCGCAGGGAGAACGAGGCCAGCGCCGAGGAGGCGCACCGCAUCGAGGGGAUCUUCAUGCAGGCCCGGGAGGAGGUCACCAUCGCCGAGCUCGCCGCCGCCUCUGCCGAGAAGGAGGCCGCCUCGCUCCGAGCCGUGGUCGAGCGCCUCCAGGCCGCCCUCAAGAUCGAGAAGGGUGAGCGCGAUGUGGACAAGCGCAGGCACGAGGAGCUCGCUAGGCAGGUGGAGGCCUUCCGCCAGGAGAAGCUCAAGCUCGAAGAGGAGAUCAAGGCCCUGAAGGCAUCCGCCGCCGUCGCCACAAUGGAGGAGAGGGAGGCUGCUCCGGCUGAGGCCCCGCAGGAAGUGGAGGGCGUGUGGCAGGCAAUGGCGGUGGCCGCGGCUGUUGGCGCCGCCAGCACGGCUGCCUUCGUGCUGAUCUUUCUCCGCCUCAAGAGGUAAUCUGGUGCUCGGUUGCGCAGUAAGUUUUGCUCUGUUGCGCAGGAAGUUUUCGUGGCGAUGCUGCUAGAACUGAACUGGGAGUGAUGCGACUAUGAGUAGUUGCUUAUUAGCCUACCAAAACAUAGGGAUCUGGAGGCUGGUUAUGUUUCACUGCUGUUUUUCCUCUAGUAUCAUUCUACGUGCUUUUGGUGGUGACAUAUAAAAUGUUCGUGCAACUGAGAAACACUGUAUGGUUAGUUAUCUUCUCGUUACUGCUAUGUCACGGUCGCUUGUCUCUGUUUUGAUCAAAAUGGUUUGUGCUCUGCUGAUGGGUGUGCUUAAUUUCAA